UUGCAACAUGGAGAAACAAGGGGGUAGCUGACAAGAAUCCUGCUUCCCUCUCUCGGCCCCUCCUCUCUAUGCUCCUUUCACAACACUGAGCAUAGGCAUAGGCGGAGAGAGAGGAGUGAAGGGAAGACAAAGGAGAAGUCGAGACAGCUUUCGCUCUAGUCUGGAUUUACCACACAUUGUUGAUUUGUAUUUUGCAGAUUUUUCUCUGUAGUCGGGUCACGUACCAACAUAUUUUCUUCCCAGUGGUUAAAAGCUGUGUUUGUCAACAGAAUCCUGGAGCAAAGUGGAUGGAUAAAUGUUGAAGCAAGGAGUUUAUCUGGUUUUCCCAUGGAUAUUUUGUUGUCUCUCUUCACUGGCUGUCUUUUGUAUGAGCCCACCCUCCCGCCUCCCCUUCUUCCUUCACUUGGCUGCACAGGCUUUUCUGUGAAUCAGUGGAUCUCCCAUCCCAGAAACCUUUGACACACACGAACAGUGUCUUACCCCGACUUUGUCUUACCACUUGGGAAUGAUUUUACAAACCGGACGUAAAGCCCAAUGACAAUUUUUUUUUGAUGCUAAGGUUUUGUUUUUAAUAUUUGUGAUAGCAAAGACAUUGGCUGUCCAAUGAUCAUCAGGCUGCGUCAUCAAUAAUUUUUUUGUGACCAGAAAAGUAACGAAGACACUCUGGAUAUACCUGCUCCUUCAACAUGCCUUCCUGAAUCUAUGAUUAUUUUGGUUGUGUCAACAAUGACACGAUAACGGCUGGCAAAACAUGGAAUGUUAACAAUUUUUUUUCCACAACACGGUGCUUGGUUUAUUUUUCACUCGUUGAUUUAAGCUGCUAGCGCUGCAGAAUGGAAUUCACGUGAUAUGUUGCAGACGGGAAGGGAGCCUUGGAUCUGUUAUUUGGCUCAGAUGCAUUUGUAAACGAUAGACUUGCUUUUUUUAAACUGAGCCUCGGAGAUAAAAUUACCGCUGUUUAUCUGCCAUCCAGUGUGGUGAGGAUGAAAAAGAGCCACAGCAACACACUGAGGCGGGCAUGGCCCAGCUCUGACCUGUCAGAGUGGCUAUUGCCACCAGGAGUCUGUGUAGAGCCUCACAGGAGCCGACGUUCUCACAGUGAGAAGGACUACAGAAUUCGCAAACACAGAAAGAAGAACCACUAUCCUGCAUCGUAUCUGUGUCAGACUCCGCCUGCUUAUAUUCACACAGGUGAUGUGUCGCCCAUCAGUAUGUCCCCUAUUAGCCAAUCGCAGUUCAUCCCUCUGGGAGAAGUAUUGCUAUUGGCUAUCUCUGCUAUGAACUCAACCCAUAAGCCUGUCACCCAGGAGGCCCUAACUGAACACCUGCAGACAUGUUUUCCAGGUGUUCCCACCCCAACGGAGGAGGUCCUGCGCCACACACUAAAUAUGUUGGUUCGUGAACGCAAGAUUUACCCAACAACUGACGGAUAUUUUGUUGUAACUCCCCAAACUUACUUCAUCACUCCAAGCUUAAUUCGAACCAGUUCCAAGUGGUACCACUUAGAUGAGCGUUCGACUGACCGGCACCAACAGCAGCAACAUCAGAAUCAGCAGACUCAGUGCACCUCCCCACUCUCUGGCACCAUCACUCCAUCCACUUCUGGUGGCAUACGAGAUAGAAUACACUCAAAAUCCCACCAGAACCACAGUGGGGGUGGUGGAGUCGUGGAUUCCUUUCACAACAACACUUAUCGUGGAGACGACCCCCCCAGUCACCACACCACUCUGCAACACAGAUCCUCCAAAGACCCCAGGGAGGCAUAUUCGUCUCCGCAUUCUCCACAGUCACCCCCUCAGUUAGCAGGAGGCAACACAGAAAAGUGCCGCACCACCCUCGGGUUCCCCUUCAAGACGGACACGCUUACAAAGCAUCGUGGUGGAGGAGGGAGUGGAGGGGGGACAAGUGAGAUAGAGAAGCAAACAGGAAGUGGUACGGGGAGUCGAAAGUUUGGUUUGAAGCUGUUCCGCCUCAGCUUUAAGAAAGACAAAGCCAAGCAGUUGGCCACCUUCUCUGCACAGUUCCCCCCUGAGGAGUGGCCUCUCCGUGAUGAAGAGUCACCCAGCCAGCUCCCACGUCAUAUAGAGAUGGAAAUUAUUCGCAGAAUCAACCCUGAUCUCACAGUAGAAAACCUUGCUCGGCACACAGCAGUCAUGAAGCGUCUUGAAGAAGAGCGUGCCCAGAGGAGCAAAGCAUCAUCAGCCAAUCACAGUUCAAGAAGCAGAAGAAGUGGAGGCAGACAUCGGAAGCCGUCUCAGACCAAACUUAGUCGCUCACAUAGCAAGAUAAGGGUGACUCGUGGUGAGCAUAGUGAAGGUUCCCAUUUGGAACUCACUGACAAGGACUAUAGAGCCUACUCAUCAUCACUGGCUCGGUCACCAAGGGAACAUGCCUUGGCCAUGGAGCGACAGCGGACACGCCUUCAUCUGGCACACAGCAACCCCAACAUUCUUGACUCCUCCCAUCUACCUGUCACACCAGAAUGGGAUGUGUCUGGAGAGCUCGCCAAACGGCGGACAGAAAUGCCUUUCCCUGAGCCAAGCCAUGGCCCAUCAGCACACCACUCGAAAGUCCAUCGUUCACACUCUCAUACACAGGAGAGGAAGUCUCGUAAUGAACGCAGCGAUAAAGCCAAGGAACGUUCCAGAUCAAUGGAAAAUUCAAAAGGACCACUUGGAGCUGGCUUAAUUGGACCACCAAGUUACUAUGAUGAUCGGAACCGAUACUAUACCGAUGACGGAACUUUACGAGCCAACCAGAGCUCUUGCCACUACCCUCGCGCCACUCCCCCCUUGGUUAAGACGUCUGGGGAAUCACUAGGGUUAGAUGGUGGCAGGAGUUUAGAGAAAUGUAAGAGUCGGGACAGUCUGCCAGCUUACUCUCCUAAACCACAGCACAACUCGGUCCCUCCUGAUGGCUACUUCCAGUGUUCCGGUUCUUCUGAGGCUGCACUCAUAGCCCCAAAUACACUAGGAACUCUUGGCAGAAAUAGCCAAGAUGGUUUAAAACUGGGCAGCACUGACUGGCAAACAGAAAGACAGACACCACAUCCUCCAGAAAAUAAGGAGGACUUGUCAAAGGUGGGCCCUAAAGGGGGCAGCCUGCCUCCAAUACCUCUCUCAAUGCCAGAUCCCCCUGUUUCGAAUGGACGACCUCCCCACAGUGCCUCCUGUGGUCAAGAAAAAUGUAAAGAGAUCUUUAGUAAAGACACACUUUUCAAACCCCCUCCUGGCCUUCCUUUGCCAGGAUACAGCUCCUUGAGGAAAACCCCUGUCCUUACUUCCUCCAAUCUGUCCUCAUCCUGCGAUGCACUUGAUUCCCAGGAGGCUUAUGACGCCCCGAAACCUCUGGUUGCAACACCUUCUGCUUCCAUACAGGGAAGCGAACCCACAACCAUUGCUGCAGAGGUCUCCUUUGACUAUUACAAUGUUUCGGAUGACGAUGAACUUGAGGAAGGAGGAACUAAAAGUAGGGGAGAGGAUGGGAAAACUGGAGGAGGGAUUGUUGGACGGGGAGGGGCUGGAGCAGGUACCAUGCAGUGGCUAUUGGAGAGAGAAAAGGAAAGGGAUCUACAGAGAAGGUUUGAAAGAACCCUCACAUUCCCUGGUGCUAAAGAGAACCUUCCAGAACCCAGUCAUAAUCAGCAGUCUGCCCACUCUGCCAGACUGGACAGUAUGGAUUCAAGCUCGGUUACUGUUGACAGCGGAUUCAACUCACCAAGAACGAGGGAGAGCCUGGCGUCAAACACCUCCUCCAUAGUGGAGAGUAAUCGUCGGCAGAAUUUGGCUCUCAGUCCAGGCCACCUAGGCAUUACAAACAGCAAUGGCCCCCCUUUCUCAUUCCGCGCCAUACCUGAACCAGCUGGGAGCCAAACGGAGAAACUCCAAAAGCCCAACGCCUGCCUUGCAUCAAUCACCAGCGUCUAGUUGGGGGGUGCAUAAUGAAGGGCAAGUGGAAGUCACACUCCAAGGACUGUUAUUCCUACAGACUGUCACAUUGACUGUAUCAGUGGAGCUUGCCACAAAACCUGGAACUAUAGCUGUUAACACACACACUCAAACAAACAGAGGAACUUAGACCACUGAGACUGCUCUCUUUUCUGAUAAAUACUCACACUAACACCAUGCCACUGGGCAGAUUGACCAUGUCAGUUCAUAGACUCUGGUUUACACACACCACUGUUGUGUUCUUUCACUUACAUAGGUUCUACUGUAUGUGUGUGUGAAUGCGUGAGUGGAUGCCAGUGUGAUUUGUCGAAGAUAUGGUUGUGUAACAGUAAUUUGUAAUCUCAGGUCGUUUUUCGUUUGUUUUCAUUCCCAUUCCAGCUGCUCCAUAUCUGUUCAUCAUUUUCCAAUGGUGUGUUUGCACACUGAAUGAAGGGUCAGAGGCUAUGCUAACUACUGUUACUGACGCGACACAUUCUCACUAAUCCACUUUCUGCGCACUUUGUGGUAAAAAAUGUGAGUGGGGCAGAUGGUAAUACGUAUAACCAAAACGCGGGACAAUUUAUUUUCUGUAGAAGUGCACAGAUUGAAUGGCCAUUGUCCAGAAUCCCAAUAAAAACAUUGUAGCUUGACCAACCAUGACACUGCGAAUCAGUGAUAGAACUGAUCUUGUCCAACACUGGCCUACAUUGGGCUUUACAGUCUUUAAGAUUCCUGCCUGACCACUGUAAGGGCAAUUCCUAAACUUUCGAAAGUUAAUACGAUGCAUCAGACCAGUGAAGGUGUGGUGAGGUUAGCUGCUCUUUCCUCGGUAAUUACGGUACGACCAAAGCCAUUGAGAAAAAUACCACCUUUUAGUUUGAUAUUUUAGAUUGUUUUUGUUGAUCUUUGUUUUGUUUUUUCAGUAUAUGAAAGGUCUAUCGAAGGGAAGUUAAGAAAAUAUUUGUCAUUUCAAUUAGAAAAAAGACCAAAAGCCAAACAAAAUUCAGUACAAUUGACCUGUUUACUGUAUGUAUCUAAAUAUGUACCUUUACAUUUUUCAUCAUGUCCACUGGAUGCUGCUGUUUCAUUCCUUGACGUCUUUUCAGGCCUGUUGUAUUUAUGUUGUCUCUGCUCACAUGAUCGUAUUUUCCGGGCUAUAGAGCACACCGGUAUUUAAGCUGCACCCACAAAAUUUUAGAAUAAAUAAAUAUGUUUAUAUAUAUAUUAGCCACACCGGACUAUAAGCCGCAGAUAUAUACUGGUUCGAAAGAUUUUGUAAAUGUUUAUUUGCAUACCUUAAUUGUUUCCAAACAGUGCCUGUAACACGGCAGUAAAACCGCUGAUGAAACAAAACAGAAGUCAUUGUCAUGGACCCACAAGUUGCGGAACCCGCUCUCAGAUCAGUUAAACAGACUCCAUAACUCCACGGUGAUAUCUUGAUGAAUUUAUGAAACUGAAACAAUACAAAAAGAAUGUCAUUGUAAGUUAAUAACACUAACACAGUCACUUGUAAAUGUAUUAGCAUAUUUGCUAAUGCUAACGACGCUAGUUUGAUUACUUUACCAUAGCACGUACAAAUAUGAAUGAAAACACUCCUACAGACAUCACACAUUAAUUGUUUUAGUUAUAUUGUAAAACGCUGCUUGUAGUGAUGAAUGAAGAAUCCUUUCGAACAGAAAUGCUAUCGACGAAUACUUUCGGUUCAAGGAACAAAACAGGAAGUACAUUUUUAAUACAAAGCACCUGUGUGCAAAAGAUGGCGCCAAAGAACAAACUAACACCUUUUUCAGUGUCACUGUUGGUGUUAUAUGACAACUAUUAAAUACAAAACAUUAUGGCCGUUAGCGAAGAAAAAUCCAUAGAAUAGCCACACCGUUUUAUAAGCCACACGGUUGAAAGCGUAUAAAAAAAACAAACGGUUUGUAGUUCGGGAAAUACGGCACAUAUUGUAAACACACAGUCCAGUCAAAAGUGUACAUGGGGAAUAUUGUCAUAAUUUUUGACACACAUACAUUCUCCUCAAUAUUUUUAGUAAGUGGUGUUGGGUGUGUGGAAGCUUCUGACCUGAACUAUGCAGAUACACUGCCUGGCCCAAAAUAAGAUCACACCAAUAUUUGGUUAGACUGCCUUUACCUUUGAAUAUUGCACGCAUCUCCAAAAGUAUCAUAAAGUAUCUUUGAAAAAUGUACAUUGGUUAAGAAAUAUUUUGAAGUCGCCACUGCUAUUUUUUUCCAGAUAAGGUCAAAAAUAAACAAAAUAUUGAUUCACUCGGUUACAACAUUACAAACACCUGCGCACUGUCCGAUUGAUUCAGACUCUGCAUAAAAAAAAUACACUUUUAGCAGCAUUUAUGUCACUGCAUGUCAGUGUUAUUAUGCGCUUGCCAAGGCUAGAUGAAAACAACACUUUAUCCUACCUUUUUUGGUAUUUUCUCACAGCCUGAAGCAGAGGAGCUCCUCCUCUGGCUGAGAGCUUGACUAAAUGUCUAAAAAAGUAUGUCCACCUCGCUCUGACAUCACAACUAGGGAUGUCCGAUAAUGGAUUUUUGCAGAUAUUCCGAUAUUGUCCAACUCUUUAAUUACCGAUACCGAUAUCAACCGAUACCGAUAUCAACCGAUAUAUGCAGUCGUGGAAUUAACACAUUAUUAUGCCUAAUUUGGACAACCAGGUAUGGUGAAGAUAAGGUACUUUUUAAAAAAAUUAAUAAAAUAGAUAAAUAAAUUAAAAACAUUUUCUUGAAUAAAAAAGAAAGUAAAACAAUAUAAAAACAGUUACAUAGAAACUAGUAAUUAAUGAAAAUUAGUCAAAUUAACUGUUAAAGGUUAGUACUAUUAGUGGACCAGCAGCACGCACAAUCAUGUGUGCUUACGGACUGUAUCCCAUGCAGACUGUAUUGAUAUAUAUUGAUAUUUUAUUUAGGAACCAGAAUAUUAAUAACAGAAAGAAACAACCCUUUUGUGUGAAUGAGUGUAAAUGGGGAAGGGAGGUUUUUUGGGUUGGUGCACUAAUUGUAAGUGUAUCUUGUGUUUUUUAUGUUGAUUUAAUAAAAACAAAAUAAAAUAAAAAAAAACGAUACCGAUAAUUUCCGAUAUUACAUUUUAACACAUUUAUCGGCCGAUAAUAUCGGCAGGCCGAUAUUAUCGAACAUCCCUAAUCACAACAUAGCCAGGCGUCAAAACCCUGUGAACAGAGCCAUUCAAAACUGUGUGCAAGCUCACGCUAAAAUGCAUGAACUUUAUGAUUUGCUGCUUUGCCAUUGUUUAACAUGAGUAUUCAAUAUUGUCACAAUCUUUAAUUUGACUUGUAAAAGUCAGAAAACUGCUUGUGAAAAGCGAAUGCAGAAACAUCCAGUGAACAUGAGUCCUUUUACACAUUUCACUUGUCAUUUUCUAAAUGGUAGGUUGAUUUUAUGGCAUUAAAGUAGUCACACAUUUUAGUGGAGGCUUCAGAUGCAUCAGGAGCAGCUUUCCUGGCAUUGGAGUGUCCAAUAAAAUGAUGCUUUUCAAAAACAUGAACCUUACAGAUGUUAAUCACAGUUAACCAGGUUGUGGUUAAAUUUCUUACUUUAUUAAACUAUUGAAAAUCCAUAAACAUGACUAUGAUCAGUUUGAAUCAGAGUCCUGAUCACGGUGAAUUCUGCAGUCUUAUUGCUUAUCCUUUUAGUUAAUGUCAACUGGCGGCCCUCGGGCCACAUCCUGCCCACCAGAGCUUUCCAUCCGGCCCCCAGAAUGAAAAUGAAUUUAGGCAGAGAGUCUUUCUAUUAUUUACUAUCUAUUGGAACUGGGUCAUCUCAUUGUGGAAGUCCGACACCGCCCCAUUUGUCGUCAAUUUCUUUUAACAUCACUCGCUUCGGUAUUUACUGUGAGAUCACAGAGGAGAUAAAAGGCUGAAUCCCAAUUAUGUUACUCCUAACCCCUGGAAAUAUCAAGGGGUGGAAAAUACUUCCUGAAAAAUGCUCCGUGGCUUUGACGUCAACAGUAAACAUACAAUGUACGACAUUACAUCACAGGUUAUGGAUGAACCUAUAAACAGUCAACUUCACAAUAUUUAUAAUUUAAUUGCAUAAGUUGGUCAUCAUGACAAGCAAUAUUAAAUAAAAUAAACAUCAUUCUAAACAUAGCUUAUGUACAUUUUUAAAGUAGUCGAGCAGCCUAAUAAUUAAUUAAAUGAAGUCAAUUUGCUGAUAGUCUGCCAUCGUAGUUUACUUGCUACAGCUCUGUCAAAUGGCUUGUCUGAAGAGCAAUUUUGAAAUAAAAACAAGGUUAAAAAAAUGGCAAUAUUAAAAAAAAAAAGUAUUUAGCGAGCUUGUAUGACGAGCGAUUUUUAAACAAAACAACAUGGAAAUUUUAAAAGACGUCAGACAUAUUUUACUCGCUUUAGCUGCAUUAGCUAGCUUGUAUGACGAGCAAUUUUAAAAUACAUACCGGUACUUAUUUACUUGCUUGACGUGAACGUGCAAAACGAGGAGCCAAGACAAGGUCUAAGGGGGAAUUUUCAACCUAAAUCUAAAGAUAGCCAGCAAUUUCAUUUGCAGAGAAUGAAAUAUCAUUGACUAUUCGGCCUGCGUACUUUUUAAACAUUAAUACUAUAUGGUGUCACGUUGUUUUAAUAUCACCUUAUUUAACAUGCAGGUUAGCUUAUAUGUUUUGAAAUGGAUAAGCAAGCAUUUAGUAAAGUGAAGUACAGAUAAAAUAGUUCAACACAAGGACUGUAUAUAUAUAUAUAUAUAUGUAUACACACACACAAUAUGUGUAUAUACAUAUAUACAUAUAUAUAUAUAUAUAUAUAUAUAUAUAUAUGUAUAAAUAUGUAUAUACAUAAAUAUAUAUAUACAUAUAUGACAACACUGGAAUAAAAAUUGCCACACACUACUUCUAUGGCCUGUUGUGUAAGCACAACCCUUAUACAGUUGAUUAAACCCCUGAUUAUUGACGGGUGUGGCGGUUCUGGAUAUCCCUAAAAGUGGACCUGUGCAUAGGCUAAUAUACAUAUAUAUGUAUAUAUAUAUAUAUAUAUAUAUAUAUACACAUAUACAUAUACAGUCAUGGUCAAAAGUUUCCAUACACUUGUGAAGGACAUCAUGUCAUGGCUGUCUUGAGUUUCCAAUAAUGUCUACAACUCUUAUUUUUUUGUGAUAGAGUGAUUGGAGCACGCACAUGUUUGUCACAAAAACGUUCAUGAAGUUUGGUUCUUUUAUGAAUUUAUUAUGGGUCUACUGAAAAUGUGACCAAAACUGCUGGGUCAAAAUUAUUCUUACAGCAACAUACAUUAUCAAUUUUGGUGAUGUAGAAAGUAUUGGAAACUCAAGACAGCCAUGACAUUAUGUCCUUCACAAGUGUAUGUAAACUUUUGACCAUGACUGUAUGUAUGUAUAUAUACAGG